GGCUUCUAACCACAUUGUCUUUCUACCCCCCUCAGCCACUUCCUUCACAACCAUCUCCCUGACAGCAGCCCCUCAAGACAUGGCCUCAAAGAGAGCAUUGGUGAUUCUGGCUAAAGGGGCAGAGGAGAUGGAAACUGUAAUCCCCACUGAUGUUAUGAGAAGAGCAGGGAUCAAGGUGACUGUUGCAGGCCUAACAGGAAAAGAACCAGUGCAGUGCAGUCGAGAUGUCUUCAUUUGCCCUGAUGCCAGUCUUGAAGAUGCCAGAAAAGAGGGGCCUUAUGAUGUUGUGGUCCUGCCUGGAGGGAACCUUGGAGCUCAAAACUUGUCUGAGGUAAAGUUCUGGCAUUCUGAAAAUGUAUGGGCAUUCUCAUGACCAGUGGGGUGGUCA